UGUUAGUGCGGUGUGUAUUUUCUUCUCAUUAGCAGACAGUUUUGUUAAAAAAAUGUCAACAAAUAAGAGAGCAGAGGCUCUGGCCCAUGUAGAAAAAGCAGAAAAAUGUUUGAAAACCUCGUUUUUGAAAUGGAAUCAAGAUUUAGAUGGUGCAGCCUCAGAAUACAUUAAAGCAGCAACAUGUUACAAGAAUGCUCGAGCAUUACCAGAAGCUAGGGAUAUGUAUGUGAAGGCCGCAGAAAUACAACAUAAAAUGAAGUCACCAUUUAACGCAGCAAAGGCAUUUGAGCAGGCGGGGCUUAUCAGUAAGGAAAACAAGGAGCUGGAUUUGGCAGUGCAGUUUAUGGAGCGGGCAUCACUCAUGUUCCAGGAGAACGGUACUCCAGACACCGCUGCACUCUGUCUCGAAAAGGCUGCGAAAAUGGUGGAAUCAAACUCGCCUGCCAGAGCCAUUGAGUUGUACAAGCGAGCAUCAGACGUCGCUGACAUAGAGGACCGACCGAGACAAAGUGCAGAAGACAUCGGGAAGGCUGCCAGACUGCUCACCAGGCUGGAGAGGUACGAUGAAGCUGUUGACUGCUUCAAGAAAGAGAUCAGCUUUUAUGCAGCAGCGGAGAAUUAUGCAAUGAUCGCGAAGCUUGUGUUAGGGGUCAUACUUAUCAAGCUCCAUGUCGGGGAUUAUGUAGCUGCAGACGAGUUCUUCAGAUCAGCUACAAAGUUCCCUCAGUUUAUUGAGUCAGAAGAGGCUGGAGCGGUUCAGGAGCUGUUGACAGCAUAUGAUGAUGGGGACGAGGAGGCAGCCAGGAGAGUGCUCAGUCUGCCUCUCAUCAAGUAUAUGGACAAUGUGUUCAACAAGCUGGCUAGAGGCCUGGAGAUCCCAGGGGGAAUGAGAGUGGGUGGGGCAGGGGGAGGGGCCCCCAAUGUGACGGACAGUUUAGGGGGAGGGACUCAUCAGGCAGCUCCCCUUACAGCCCCAGCACAGCUGGACGAUGAUGAAAUGGAAGAGGGACUGUGCUGAUGUCAUUGUGAUUGUCAACAUCUCAUGUUCAUUCCAAAUUGAUUCAUUUGAGGGAAAAUAGUUUUUGUUGUUUUUAGCUCACCUGUCACAUAGUGACAAGGUGAGCUUUUGUGAUCACAAUUUGUCCGGCGUCCGUCCGUCCGUCUGUCCAUAAACUUUUACUUUAAACGACAUCUCCUCAUAAACCGCUUAGCCAAUUUCAUCCAAACUUCACAGGAAUGUUCCUUGGGUGGUCCCCUUUGAAAAUUGUUCAAAGAAUUGAAAUCCAUGCAGAACUCUGGUUGCCAUGGCAAUGGAAAGGAAAAACUUUAAAAAUCUUCUUCUCCCAAACCACAAGGCUUAGGCCGUUGAUAUAUGGUAGGUAGGAUCACCAAAUGGUCCUCUACCAAGAUUGUUCAAAUUAUGGCCCUUGGGUCAAAAUUGGCCCCGCCCCGGGGGUUCAUGGGUUUUCUCUAAAAAAUCUUAAAAAAUCUUCUCCUCUGAACUUACUUGGCCUAGAGCUUAGAUAUUUGUCAUGAUUCAUCGUCUAGUGGACCUCUACAAAGUUUGUUCAAAUUAUGGCCCUGGGGUCAAAAAUGGCCCCGCCCCGGGGGGUCAUGGGUAUGCUCAAUAUGUUUAUAGUGAAAACUUCAAAAAUCUUCUCCUCUGAACUUAAUUGGACUAGAGCUUAGAUAUUUGGCAUGAUUCAUCGUCUAGUGGACCUUUACAAAGAUUGUUCAAAUUAUGGCCUUGGGGUCAAAAUUGGCCCCGCCACGGGGGGUCAUGGGUUUUCUCUAUAUGUUUAUAGUGAAAACUUCAGAAUCUUCUCCUUUGAACUUACUUGGACUAGAGCUUAGAUAUUUGGCAUGAUUCAUCGUCUAGUGGACCUCUACAAAGAUUGUUCAAAUUAUGGCCUUGGGGUCAAAAUUGGCCCCGCCCCGGGGGUCAUGGGUAUACUUGAUAUGUUCAUAGUUAAAACUUCAAAAAUCUUCUCCUCUUAACUUACUUGGACUAGAGCUUAGAUAUUUGGCAUGAUUCAUCGUCUAGUGGACCUCUACAAAGAUUGUUCAAAUUAUGGCCUUGGGGUCAAAAUUGGCCCCGCCCCGGGGGGUUAGGGUAUUCUCUUUAUGUUUAUAGUGAAACUUCAAAAAUCUUCUCCUUUGAACUUACUUGGACUAGAGCUUAGAUAUCUGGCAUGAUUCAUCGUCAAGUGGACCUCUACAAAGAUUGUUCAAAUUAUGGCCUUGGGGUCAAAAUUGGCCCCGCCCCGGGGGGUCAUGGGUAUACUUGAUAUGUUUAUAGUUAAAACUUCAGAAAUCUUCUCCUCUUAACUUACUUGGACUAGAGCUUAGAUAUUUGGCAUGAUUCAUCGUCUAGUGGACCUCUACAAAGAUUGUUCAAAUUAUGGCCCGGGGGUCAAAAUUGGCCCCGCCCCUGGGUGGUCAUGGGUUUUCUCUAUAUGUUUAUAUUAAAAAAAAUCAAAAAUCUCCUCUGAACUUACGUUGCUUAGAGCUUAGAUAUUUGGCUUGAUUCAUCGUCUAGUGGACCUCUACAAAGAUUGUUCAAAUUAUGGCCUUGGGGUCAAAAUUGGCCCCGCCCCGGGGGGUAAGGGUAUUCUCUAUAUGUUUAUAGUUAAAACUUCAAAAAUCUUCUCCUCUGAACUUACUUGGACUAGAGCUUAGAUAUUUGGCAUGAUUCAUCGUCUAGUGGACCUCUACAAAGAUUGUUCAAAUUAUGGCCUUGGGGUCAAAAUUGGCCCUGCCCCCUUGGGGGGUCAUGGGUUUUCUCUAUAUGUUUAUAGUGAAAACUUCAAAAAUUAUCUCCUCUGAACUUACGUUGCUUAGAGCUUAGAUAUUUAGCAUGAUUCAUCGUCAAGUGGACCUCUACAAAGUUUGUUCAAAUUAUG